AUGGGCAAAUCCAGACCUCACACGAAGAAAGCUUCGAAGUCGCGCGAAAAGUCCGUUCUCAAACCUGGCGGUUCAGUGUCGAAACAAAAGAUGAACGAAGAUCCGUCGAAACUCCUGGAGCAAGCAAUUAUACUUCUUCAGACCGGACAAGCAGAUGCAGCACUUGCGACUGCUCAGCAAGCAUUUAAUGCCGCGCCCGCCAACUCCCCAACCCAACUAUCAGCCUUGAACACAAUUGGAGAUAUUUACGUUGAACUCGGCGAUAUCAAUGCGGCGAGAGAGUGUUUCCUACGGGCGGUUGAACGGGACCCGAAUGGCACAAUACCUGAAUCUCAGGGCGGUGGCGCCGAGAAGUUCUUAUGGCUUGCUCAAUUGAGUGAAGCUGGAGGAAAGGACAGUGUUGGAUGGUUUGAAAAAGGUGUAUCAGCCCUCAGGGCUAUCAUCCAACAGCUGGAGGAGAAAAAAGACCCUCAAGCCGUUGCCGAUCUUGAGGAGAAGAAGAAGAAACUGGCGAACGCCCUCUGCGGCGUUGCUGAAAUCUACAUGACCGAUCUCUCCUGGGAGGAAGAUGCCGAGACUCGAUGCGAGUCCCUCAUUACAGAAGCUCUCCUAGUCGAUCCGCAAGGACCUGAAGUACUACAAACUCUUGCCUCCAUCAGGAUAUCUCAGUUGCGAACCGAAGAUGCUCAGGCUGCUCUUUCGCGGAGUUUGGAGUUAUGGAAAGACUUGCCUCCCGAAGACACGAAGGUCCCGGAUUUCGCAACUCGUAUCAGUCUCGCGCGUCUCUUGAUGGAAGUAUCGAUGGAGCUGGAAGCACUUGAAGUUCUAGAACGUCUGAUCCUCGAGGAUGAUCAGAGUGUGGAGGCAUGGUAUCUCGGCGGCUGGUGUCUCUUUCUUCUCGCCGAGAAGGGACAGGCACCAAAAGAUGCCGAGGCAGAGACCGUGGCCGGAUCACAACGGGAAGCUUCUCUUGUGGCCAGUCGCGAAUGGUUGAGGCAAAGUUUGACACUCUACGACCUUGUUCAAUAUGAAGACGAACGGCUCAAGGAGCAUGCGCUGGAGCUGGUCGACAAUAUGAACAAAGAAAUAGGCGAGGAUAUGGAAGACGACAGCAAUGCCGAGGAUGGUGAGGAAGGAGAAGAGGGCUGGGAUGAGGACAUUGAAGAAGGGUCAGACGAUGACCAUGAGAUGGCGGAUUCAUAA